CUCUUCUCAGGUAAUAUUCGUAAGCAAAAGAGAUGGCUCAAAAGGUGGAAGCACAAGGAGGAAAUGGAGGCAACCAAUGGGAUGAUGGAUCAGAACACGACGCUGUAACCAAGAUUGAGAUAGCUGCAGGUGGGAGUGGUAUCCAAUAUGUUCAGUUCGACUAUGUCAAGAACGGACAAACCGUAACAGCUCCUCUUCGUGGUAUCAAGGGCCGUGCCAUCGCAGCUGAUCCGUUUGUGAUUAACCAUCCAGAGGAGCAUCUAGUUUCAGUAGAAGGUUGGUAUGACUCUUCUGGUCUCAUUCAAGGGCUUAAGUUCAACUCCAACAAGAAGUCUUCUGAUGUCAUUGGAUACAAUGAUGGUACUCCAUUCACCCUCCAAGUUCAAGACAAGAAGAUAAUUGGCUUUCAUGGCUUCGCCGGAGACAAUCUUAAUUCUCUUGGAGCUUACUUUGCUCCAUUAAUAGCCGCCCCUCCUUCAGUCCCCCCAAAGAAGCUUGAAGCUAAGGGUGGUGUAUCUGGAGCUGAGUGGGACGAUGGUGCUCACGACAAUGUUAAAAAGGUUUCUGUAGGACAAGGACAAGAUGGUGUAGCAGCUGUCAAGUUUGAAUACAGAAAUGGUUCUCAAGUGGUUAUCGGAGCUGAACGUGGGACACCAACAUUGCUUGGAUACGAAGAGGUACGUGAAAACAGAUAUAUAAUAUGUUAUGUGGAGCUAGUUUCAAUAUUUUUGUUAUGCCUUUCUAUUGCGCAGUUUGAGCUUGAAUCAGAUGAAUACAUAACCAUCGUGGAAGGCACCUACGACAAAAUCUUAGGGAGUGAUGGCCUGACGAUGCUCACUUUCAAGACUAACAAGAACAGAACAUAUGGGCCGUAUGGUCUCGAAGGUAGCACACACUUUGACCUCAAGGAGGCAGGUUACAAGAUUACAGGGUUCCAUGGACGAGCUGGUGAGACUAUUAAUGCUAUUGGAGUUUACUUAGCUCCAGUAGGCACCAUCCCUUUGGAACCUGCAAAGCCAACCAAGAAGCUAGAAGCUAAGGGUGGUGAUGGAGGAACAUCAUGGGAUGAUGGUGCUUUCGACGGCGUAAAAAAAGUCUCUGUUGGACAAUCCCAAGAUGGUAUAGCAGCGGUUAAGUUUGUGUACAACAAAGGUUCUUCUGAAAUCAUAGGAGAUGAACAUGGAAAGAGUACUUUACUUGGAUUCGAAGAGUUUGAGCUUGACUAUCCAAGUGAAUACAUCACGGAAGUACAUGGCACAUUCGAUAAAAUAUUUGGGAGUGAGUCUGCGGUCCUUACCAUGCUUACGUUCAAGACUAAUAAACCAGCAACAUAUGGUCCCUUUGGGCUUACCGCUGGCACACCCUUCGAUCUCAAGGAGGAAGGCCACAAGAUCGUUGGGUUCCACGGGAGCGCUGGUGAUCUGCUUCAUAACUUUGGAGUCCAUGUCCUUCCCAUCACCAACUAAUCGUGGAGAUCUUGAAUUUGU